GCCGCAGUUUCUUUUUCACAGCAAACAAGAAUGCGGCGUCUGCACAGAAUCCUUCCAAUCCUGUUCCUUCUCCUGGCCAUCUAUCAGGUCCUGGGCCAGGAUUGUUGGCCCUCAAGUGAGAGAAGGUGCGUGCCGCAUCAUAAGUGCCAGGUUGGAGUACAAUUUCGAGCCUUUACUACUGGAAAUAAUGGGUGCGCUGCCCCGGAAUCUUGCUGUCAAAAUAUACAUAUACUUAAUGACGUGUUGGAUAUAAACGUCGAAGAGACGGUUAAUCCCGAAUGCGGACGACCCAACAUCAGAGGCGUAUCCUUCGAAGUGCCGAACAUGGAUGGCUUUGCCCAGGAGUUCGAGUUUCCAUGGAUGGUGGCCUUGCUCGAUACAAUAGGUAAUUACUUGGGUGGUGGCGCCAUUAUCUCUCCCGAGGUGGUCAUCACAGCCAAACACGUACUCGACAACCUAACCGAAGACCAGCUUAUUGUCCGCGCUGGCGAUUGGGACUUAAAAACCAACUCCGAGCAAUUUCCACAUGUUGAUGCUAGAAUCCGGUCGAUCGUUCGUCAUCCUGGCUUCGACAAAAGGAACGGGGCCAAUAACGUGGCUCUCUUGUUCCUUCGGACUCCGCUAAAAUUUACCCAACACAUUAAGCCAAUCUGCCUGCCGCCGGAUAAUAGGAACUUCGAUUACUCGCGCUGUAUCUUCAGUGGCUGGGGUAAGAAGUCCUUUGACGACUACUCAUACAUGAACGUCUUGAAGAAGGUGGACUUACCAAUAGUCAAGAACAAUGAGUGCGAGUAUCAACUUCGUCGGUUCUACGGAAACGAAUUCCAGCUCGACAACAGCCUCUUGUGCGCAGGCGGGGAGCGUGGAAAGGACUCUUGCAAGGGCGAUGGUGGCUCUCCGCUGGCUUGUCCCCUGCGAGAAAAUCCCCAAAGGUUUGAGCUGGCCGGCAUUGUAAACUUUGGCGUUAAGUGCGGAAUGCAGGACGUCCCGGCGGUUUAUACCAAUGUAGCAAAAUUUCGAAAAUGGAUUGUCGAUGAGACUUUCAAUAAUUCGAACGGUAACGAACCCGAACCAGUAACCGCACCUGAAAACACACCACCACCUUUUAAUUUACACGCACAUCAAGGGGUUCCUACUUUUUCAAGCCCAAACAGAUCUCCUGGUUUGGAUUUCCCGGGACAACGAACCUCACCGCAAUACCCGAGAUAUCAACCUAUUGUUCCCAACACAGCGAGACCUCCUGUUGAACCUGAAAUCACACCACCACCUUUUUAUUCACCCCCACAUCAAGGGGUUCCUACUUUUUCAAGCCCAAACAAAUCUCCUGGUUUGGCUUUCCCGGGACAACGAACCGAAUGGCAAAACCCGCCAUAUCAACUUAGUGUUCCCAACCCAACGAGACCUCCUGUUAAAGUCUCAGAUUUUGGCUGGAAUGGAUAUGAACAGCAAAGUACUGAAAGGAACACUAGUCCCCCACCAAGGACCACCACUGGCAACACCGAUGACGAAUUUUCUGAUAUAUUUAAAAAAAAAUUCGACUUUACUUUGAACGAAUAAUAAUAAAAAGCAAGCAUUACAAGCA